AAGACGGGACAUUUAGUGACGGCGGAGAGGAUCGACAGAGAGCAGCUGUGCGAGCGUGUGCAGCAAUGCGUGCUGCGCUGUGAGCUGAUCGUGGAGGGGGAAAUGAAGGUUUACCGAAUCCACGUGGAAAUCAUGGAUGUUAACGAUAACCCCCCUAGCUUCAAGGAUGCUGAGCUGGAGGAGAGGAUUAGCGAGACGACAACCCCGGGGUCGAGAUUUCUUCUGGCCAGGGCUCACGACCCGGAUUCGGGCCGGAAUUCCCUGCAGAGCUACGAGCUGAGCGGUGACGAGCACUUCUCGCUGGCCGUGCAGGCGGGCCCCGGCGGCGAUCAGCGUCCCGAGCUGGUGCUGGCCAAGGCGCUGGACCGGGAGGAGGCGGCGUUUCACGAGCUGGUGCUGAGGGCGAUGGACGGCGGCGAUCCGGCACGGACGGGCACGGCUCGGAUCCGUGUGACCGUGCUGGAUGCGAACGACAACGCGCCCGUGUUCAGCCAGGCGGAGUACACGGUGCGUGUGCCCGAGGACGUGCCCGUGGGCUCUGUCCUCGUCACCGUCACGGCCACGGACGCCGACGAGGGGCUGAACGGGGAAGUUAAAUACUCGUAUAAGAAAGAGACAGACAGGGCUAUUUUCCGUCUGGACUCUGAGAGUGGAGCGAUCACUCUGUUGCAGAGCCUGGACUUCGAGAAAGGCUCCUCUUACGAACUGGAGGUGCAGGCACGGGAUGGCGGAGGCCUUUUCGACACUGCCAAAAUCGCGAUCACCGUCACAGACAUAAAUGAUAACGCACCUGUGAUUUCUAGCUCCUCGAUUCCCCUUUCCGCGGGUAUGAAAAAACUCGCCAAACUAAACUCCGACUCUCGCUUUUCGGUGGCUGAUGGAGGUGAGCUGCCAACGGAGCUGGGCAGAGGCUCGCUCGUGGGGCCGCUGGCGCGGGACCUGGGGCUCAGCGCGGACGAGCUGCCGGCGCGCAAGCUGCGGCUGAGCGAGGAGAAGCAAUACUUCACGGUGAAUGAGGAGAACGGCAACCUGUACGUGAACGAGAGGCUGGACCGGGAGGAGAUGUGCGGCGAGUCGGCGUCCUGCUCUGUCAGCUUCGAGGUGGUGGUUCACAACCCUCUGAACGUUUUCCGCGUGCAAGUGGACAUCCAGGACGUGAAUGACAACGCGCCGCGAUUUCUUAAGGAAAAUAUCCACUUUGAAAUCAAUGAGUUGACAUCUCCCGGUGCUCGAUUCGCCGUGGGCGUGGCCGAGGACGCAGACGUGGGCAGUAACUCACUGCAGGGCUACGAGCUGGAGGCCAACGGGUACUUCGCGGUGGAGGUGAAGGAGAGCCAGGACGGCAGCAAGUUUGCGGAGCUGGUUCUGCGACGUGCGCUGGAUCGAGAGAGCGAGCCCAGCCUGCGUCUGCUGCUGACGGCGCUGGAUGGCGGAGACCCGCCCCGGACUGGCACCGCCCAGCUCUGGAUCAACGUCACCGAUGCAAAUGACAACCCUCCUGUGUUCGCGCAGGAUCGGUACCGGGUCAGCCUGCGAGAGGACACUCCUCCGGGAUUCGCGGUGCUGAACGUCUCUGCCUCCGAUGCUGACGCCGGCACAAAUGCCCACAUCACCUACGGCUUCGGGAAAAUGCCGGCCAAGGUACUUCAGAAAUUCGUGCUGGAUGCAGAGAGCGGGUCUAUCAUGCUGCAGGAUGAGAUGGAUUUUGAGGAUACGCGAGGUUACAUGUUGCUGGUGGAGGCGAGGGACGGAGGGGGUUUGGUAGCGCACUGCAAGGUGGAGGUGGAGGUGCUGGACGUGAACGACAACGCGCCCGAGAUCACCAUUCUAUCCCUGUCGAGCCCGGUGCCCGAAGAUUCUCCAGCUGGUACCGUGGUGGCCGUGCUGAAAGUGCGGGACAGAGACUCCGGCGAGAACGGUCAGGUGUCGUGCGAGCUGUCGGGGGAGGCGGCGCUGUCGCUGGUGGCGUCGUCGGGCGGCUCGUACAAGGUGGUGACGGCGAGCGCGCUGGACCGCGAGCAGGCGUCGGAGCAGCGCGUGACGGUGGUGGCCCGGGACCGGGGCAGGCCGUCGCUGUGGAGCAGCAGGGAGCUGGUGCUGGAGGUGUCGGACGUGAACGACAACGCGCCGGUGUUCGAGGAGGCGGCGUACAGCGCGUACGUGGCGGAGAACAACGCGGCGGGCGCGCUGGUGCUGCGCGUGCAGGCGCGGGACGCGGACGCGGGCGCCAACGGGCGCGUGAGCUACUGGCUGGCGGGCGGCAGCGCGGGCGCGGCGGGCGCGGCGCCGCUGGUGUCGGUGGAGGCGCGGAGCGGCGCGCUGUACGCGCAGCGCUCCUUCGACUACGAGCAGUGCCGCGAGUUCGCGGUGGCCGUGCGGGCGCAGGACGGCGGCGCGCCGGCGCGCAGCUCCACGGCCACGGUGCGCGUCUUCGUGCUGGACCGCAACGACAACGCGCCGCGGGUGCUCUGGCCGGCGGCGGCGGCGGCAGCGGGAGAGGCGGCGGCGGGAGGGGCGGCGUCUCCGUUCGAGGUGGUGCCGCGCUCGGCCGAGGCCGGCUACCUGGUGGCCAAGGUGGUGGCGGUGGACGCGGACGCGGGGCGCAACGCGUGGCUGUCGUACGAGCUGGUGCAGGCGUCGGAGCCGGCGCUGUUCCGCGUGGGGCUGCACAGCGGCGAGGUGCGCACGGCGCGCGCCGUGUCCGAGCGGGACGCGGCCAAGCAGCGUGUGGUGGCCGUGGUGAAGGACCACGGGCAGCCGGCGCUGUCGGCCACGGCCACGCUGCACAUGGUGCUGGCCGAGAGCUUGCAGGAGGCGCUGCCGGAGCUCACAGACAGAGAAGCCGUGUCCGAGCUGACUUCUGAUCUGAACCUCAUUCUUGUUGUGUCGCUCUCCGUCGUGUCCUUAUUAUUUGUUUCCACGGUCGGGUUUUUUUUCUUCUUUAAAUGUCGACAGUCGAGGAGCCCUCCCAUUUUUAUAACUUCUGAUAAGGAACUGUAUUCCACCUUGGGCUCAAAAGCACCAUACAACUACUGCAGCAGCACGCUGCCCUUGCCCUAUUCCUACGAGGUGUGUUUAGCCUCCGAGUCGGGGCAGAAGGACUUCACGUUCCUGAGGCCAGGAGCGGCAGCCUUGUCUACCCGUCUCCUAUCGGCUGAUCCCGGCUCAGGCACUCCUUCUGGGAAGGACCCUCCUAGCUCCGGGAGCUCGGCUCAGUCUGUAGAGCUGGAGCUGAUGCUUCAGUGUAACUCCAAGCCUGGCAUCGAGCAGAAGGAGCUUUUUGUUCCCUGCUGCCACCGGCUUCUGUGGAACCUCAGUGGAGUCGAGAAAAAUGCCCAAGCUCUGCCCGCUCCAUCCCCGCUGUCCUCGAGCGGAGGUGGCCGCGCUCCCUCCGGCGGGGCUCGGCGGCGGCGGGGCUCGGCGCCCUGCGCUCUGUGCAGUUAUUGGACGGGACUCUGUGUGCCGCUGUCGGCCAAUGAUGGAGCGGGGGGGAACUGGCGGCCCGGCCCCGCUCGGAGCAGGGAUGAGGCGCAGACGGUCUCAGAGAGACUGGGAGUGAGUCACCGCCGAGCCCGCCGAGCAAUGCCCGGCUCCCCGCCGCCGCCGCCGCUUCCCGGGGCCGCUGGGCAGCGGCAUGAGGGGGCGAGCUGA